CUCGGCCCAGGCCUUUUUUUCACUCACUCCGGCGCCUGCUGGUUCUGAAGCACCAGUUUAUUGCCUCCCGCCUUCGUUUCCUCUCGUUGCACCAGCCGUGCGCCAAGAAUAGUGACAAAUGCGCUUUUUGGCAGCCAUUGCGAUCUCUGGUGCUCAUGCUUUGGUCUUGAGCCGGCACGUCGUGCCCACACGACUGGCAGCUGCAGUAUCCACCGACGCCGAGAGCACUACUACGGCAGACUUGAAAAAAACACUCCUGCGAGCGGUCGGCAACGAAGACCGCAGCGAGCGAGACAUCCUCGACGCCGCGGCAGCGCUCGAAGACCUGAACGUCCGCACCGGCAGCGUCUCCGGCAAAUGGGCUCUAGUGUUCUCGACGCAGACCGCGAGACCAAAGGAGUCGGCCGCCAAAAGCAUCAUGGACCUGCCGCAAGAAGUGUCGAACGCCAUCUACUCGGUACUGUUCAAGGUCGCGCCCUUCCUUGCCGGCGGCCAGGAGCGGCGGCGGCAGAAAGCGUUCUCAGUGGCGAACGAACAAACCGUGGACGUGGCGGCGGGCACCGUCGACAAUCGCGUGACAUUGACGCUCAACAAACAAAAAAUAGACAUACGCGUCUUCGGCGCCGCGAGACCCACAAACGACGACGACACGCUCGAGAUAUGCUUCGAGGGCUUCGAGCUCGGCGGCCUCCCGACGAUUCCUCUGCCGCGACCCGUCGGACGCAUCGUCACGACCUUCGUCGACGACGACCUGCGCCUGUCGCGCGGGAGUCGGGGGGGACUCUUCGUCCUAAAACGGAUCAGGUAGUAGA